UUACAGGUUCACAAUGACCGGAGGUCUAGCUGUAAGCUAACUUGCUUUCAAUCAUUGUCAAUCCAUGGAAUGGAGCAAAGGUUGACAUUCUCUCAUACAUACAGUAUGAAAAUGGCUGCAGCUAGCACUUUAACUCCAUGUUCGUCAUUGUGAAAGGUUUCCCCCUCACCCCCUCUGUAAUGUUUAACACUGGAUCCUUUGUGGAACUUGUAAGGGAAGAGUGCUAACAGGAAUCUUUACUCAUUGUCUGCGUAGAAACCCUGAAUUUGAGGUUUAGGCCCUACUCUCUGGUUUCUAUGAAAAUUCCUAUAGCAAGCCUCUUCACUAUAGCGUACCACUUAGUAAUUUGAUACUGUCAGAGGUAGACUUGGGACUCCAGUGUCCACUGUCAGGCCACUGCCAUGGUGGACAAAGACGCUAUGGUGAGUGGGGACAGGGCUGUGGAGGAAGAGGCUAAACUGGACCUGAAGGAGACCGCCCCUGGAGAGCCUGACCCUGAGAUGGCUCUUCCCCCACCUGAGGACCCCUCAGACGGCCAGACCAAGACAGCCCGGACCUGGGAGUUGUCGGUGGUGUUCCUGUGUUUCUAUGGGUUUAUGGUGCAGCUGAAGCCUGGGGAGCCCUUUAUAACACCAAACCUGCUCAGCACGGAGAAGAACUUCACCAGGGAACAGGUCAGUGAUGCACAGCCAUCCCCCUAUAACAGCGUGAAAUGUUGGUGUGGUGUGUUUUUUUGCUUAAGAGUGCAAUGUGUGUGGUCGGUGUGUGUAUGCAACUAUCCGUGUGUGUGUCUUAAGUUAACCACAGUUUGUAAGGGUGGGUAGAUGUGUAGGAGGUAGGGCUGCACAAUGUGGGCGAAAAAUCACAUUGAGAUUAUCUUUUUCUUACCAAAUGUUGUGAUUUGAAGUUAAAGAUCAAAAUACUAGGGUGAACUGUUGGAAUCAUAGAAAUUGAAUAACUUAUAUUAAAAAGUAGGGCUGGGAAUUGGCAGGGACCUCAAGAUACAACGUUAUCAUCAUACUUAGGUGCUGAUACGAUAUGUAUUGCGGUUCUCAGGAUUCUAUAUGUAUUGCGAUUCGAUACUCUGAUUUCAUUAUGAUUAGAUGUUCUAAACAUAUUGCUCACCAUAUGUCUGCUGCAGAGGGACAAGAGAGAGCCAUGAGAAAACGAGUUUUGAUCAGUCAUGGAAAUAAAAGUGCUGAAAACAAAUAGUCUCCCUAUUUAAAAAGGAGAACAUGCUAUGAAGGAAAAAUACUGGAAUUUUGGUGCAGGUACAGCCAACUAGUGCAAUGUUUUUGGGGCCAUAUUGUCAAAACGAUAUGAUAUACAGUACCAGUCAAAAGUUUGGACACACCUCCUCAUUCCAGUUUUUUUUUUACUAUUGUAGAAUAAUAGUGAAGACAUCAAAACUAUGAAAUAACACAUGGAAUAAUGUAGUAACCCAAAAAGUGUUUAACAAAUCAAAAUAUAUUUUAUAUUUGAGAUUCUUCAAAGUAACCACCUUUUGCCUUGAUGACAGCUUUGCACACUCUUGGCAUUCUCUCAACCAGCUUCAUGAAGUAGUUACCUGGAAUGCAUUUCAAUUAACAGGUGUGCCUUGUUAAAAGUUAAUUUGUGGCAUUUCUUUCCUCCUUAAUGCAUUUGAGCCAAUCAGUUGUGUUGUGACAAGCUAGGGGUGGUAUACAGAAGAUAGCCCUAAAAUAAGCAAAGAGAAACGACAGUCCAUCAUUACUUUAAGACAUGAAGGUCAGUCAAUACGGAAAAUGUCAAGAACUUUGAACGUUUCUUCAAGUGCAGUCGCAAAAACCAUCAAGCGCUAUGAUGAAACUGGCGUCAUGAGGACCGCCACAGGAAAGAAAGACUCAGAGUUACCUCUGCUGCAGAGGAUAAGUUCAUUAGAGUUACCAGCUUCAGAAAUUGCAGCCCAAAUAAAUGCUUCACAGAGUUCAAGUAACACACACAUCUCAACAGCAACUGUUUAGAGGAGACUGCGUGAAUCAGGCCUUCAUGGUCGAAUUGCUGCAAAGAAACCACUACUAAAGGACACCAAUAAGAAGAAGAUACUUUCUUGGGCCAAGAAACAUGAGCAAUGGACGUUAGACCGGUGGAAAUCUGUCCUUUGGUCUGAUGAGUCCAAAUUUGAGAUUUCUGGUUCCAACUGACGUGUCUUUGUGAGACGCAGAGUAGGUAAACGGAUGAUCUCCGCAUGUGUAGUUCCCACCGUGAAGCAUGGAGGAGGAUGUGUUAUGGUGUGGGGGUGCUUUGCUGGUGACACUGUCUGUGAUUUAUUUAGAAUUCAAGGCACACUUAACCAGCAUGGCUACCACAGCAUUCUGCAGCGAUACGCCAUCCCAUCUGGUUUCCGCUUAGUAGGACUAUCAUUUGUCUUUCAACAGGACAAUGACCCAACACAUCUCCAGGCUGUGUAAGGGCUAUUUGACCAAGAAGGAGAGUGAUGGAGUGCUGCAUCAGAUGACCUGGCCUCCACAAUCACCAGAACUCAACCCAAUUGAGAUGUUGGACCGGAGAGUGAAGGAAAAGCAGCCAACAAAUGCUCAGCAUAUGUGGGAACUCCUUCAAGACUAUUGGAAAAGCAUUCCAGGUGAAGCUGGUUGAGAGAAUGCCAAGAGUGUGCAAAGCUGUCAUCAAGGCAAAGGGUGGCUACUUUGAAGAAUCUAAAAUAUAUUUUGAUUUGUUAAACACUUUUUUGGUAACUAUAUGAUUCCAUAUGUGUUAUUUCAUAGUUUUGAUGUCUUCACUAUUAUUCUACAAUGUAGAAAAUAGUAAAAAUAAAGAAAAACCCUUGAAUGAGUAGGUGUGUCCAAACUUUUGACUGGUGCUGUAUAGUAAAAAAUAAUAUCCCUGUAUGUAACGGUUUUGAUUUUUUCCCCAUCACUAUUAAGAAGCAAAGUGGAAAGCGGCAUCGUUCUUGUUUGGAGCGAUUGGUUGACUGCAUUGACCUAACAGAAUAGCAUGUAAACUUACAGUGAAUCUAACAGCGAGGAGUAGGAACUGCACCGUUUGAUAGGAAGCAGCUGCAAGGCAAUUUCCUACGAUGUAGGCUAUAGCCUUGUAUGACAACCCUGAUAUAAGCUGUAUCAGCUGACACUGAAUUCAUACUUGGAGCUUGAACAACAACCUCUCAAUCCCAAUGUAAUUGAAACAAAGUGCCAGUUAUUAUUUUCCAGUGUUCCUUAGUCAUGGAACCCACUGGACUGUAAUAAGGCAAUCACAGUGUGAGUGCGGUAACCCCUCCUCAGUAUGGUCAAAGUUCACAUUCCUACAAAAUAGGUCAGAGUCUCUUUUUCUGAUUGGUUACUGUAGGCUUGUCUGGCUCAGUGUCAACUAAUGAACCUAAUGGCCUGAAGUCUGCAGACUCAUUGGAAGGUGUCCUAGCAUACAAUGUAGUCUUAGUUCAAAUGAAGGGGAUCAGUGAAGGUUUUUGCUCCCCUCAUUUCCUGUAGAGGGAGAUUAACGUUGUUGCAUUGGCAAAAGGUGAUUCUAAACAGCAUAUGAGGCAUGUGCAUUUGUCAGUGUUCGAGGAUUCACUGGGAACUAGCCUAAAUAUGCAAUUUGAGAAUACCUGCCUGCACAUUUAUAUAGCCUUCAGCUAAAACAACUUUUUACAACGAGAAUUACAUUCCACGUAGCCCUCUCAGUCCAUUCUAUGUGGUCUCCCUCUCUCAUGCCCCCCAUUCUAUUCCUCCAGGUGACCAAUGAGAUCAACCCGAUCCUGUCCUACUCCUACAUGGCGGUGCUGGUGCCAGUCUUCCUCCUGACAGACGUCCUGCGCUACAAGCCCGUCCUGGUCCUCUCCAGCCUCAGCCACGUGGCCAUCUGGCUCCUCAUCCUCCUAGGCUCCUCCCUCUUAGAGAUGCAGUUCAUGGAGUUCUUCUACGGCAUCACCAUGGCAGCACGCGUGGCCUACUCCUCCUAUAUCUUCUCCCUGGUCACCCCAGAGCUCUACCAGCGCGUGGCCAGCUACUCGCGCUCUUCCGUCCUCAUGGGGGUGUUUACCAGCUCGGUGCUGGGUCAGGUGCUGAUAUCCGUGGGCAGGCUCUCCUUCGCCACACUCAGUGCUGUCUCCUUGGGCUUGGUGUCCUUCGGCCUGGUUCUCUCAUGCUGCCUGCCCUGGCCCAAGAGGUCCCUGUUCUUCAACAGGGCCCACCGCGCUGCCCAGAGGAACCUCCAGGAGCAGGCUGCAGCGCAGUCAGAGCUGGCCAGGAUGAAGCAGGGAGAAGGGGGCUUGGGUUCAGAUGACACACCCUCCCUGGCCCCUCUCAGCUCUGGUUCCUCCUGGAGGGACUCGGUGUUCAUUCAGAUGCUGAAGGAGCUGAGGAACGUGCCGCGGAGGCCCAGCCUCAGACUGUGGAGCCUGUGGUGGGUGUUCAACUCGGCUGGCUACUACCUGGUGCUGUUGUACGUCCAUGUCCUGUGGAACAAGGUGUACCCCGCCACGGAGAACAAACACGUCUACAACGGAGGGGUGGAGGCUGUCUCCACACUACUGGGUGAGGGAUCAAUUUCCCCUAGGUUUUAGUUUUAGGCUGGGUACAAAGGCCCCCCCAAUGCCAGGUAUACAAGUGUUUUAAUAACCAAUGUGUAGCAUUCACCUGGGUUUUUACUGUCUGACAGGGUUGGAGCCUGUGUUCUCCAAGUCAGUGAUUCGUACAAAAUAUUAACACCCCUACAGCAGUUGGCAGAGGUAGUAGUGAGAGAACCAUGGCAACAUGCAGUCCAAUGAGUUCUCUGGCAUCACAUGACAUCAGGUCAAAAGGUUUGUCUUAGACCAGGGUUCCCCAUCUCCAGUCCUCCAGUACCCCCAACAGCACACAUUGUUGUUGUAGCCCCAGGCUAACUCACCUGACUCAACUUGUCAAGGGCUUGAUGAUUAGUUGACAAGUAGAAUCGGGUGUGCUUGUCCAUGGCCACUACAAAAAUGUGCACUGUUGGGGAGGACUGGAGUUGGGAAACACUGUUUUAGACAGACCCCUCUCCAAUGAUUUAAUUAGGACUGAAGUUACAUCACCUAAACAGCUGACAAGGACAGGAGACAUACAAAGCCCAUCAAUCUAGAAAGAGGAAUUCCCAUGAAGCAGAAUGUGAUGUGGUGACACAACAUAACAGACAAAACAGUCACGUUCUGAUGAAAGGUGGUUGAAGAUUACAAUCAUUUAGAUGAUAACCACACAGGGAGGUGAUGCCAGACAGUAUGCUCCCCAUAGUGACUUAGUAUAAUUAUGUUAUUGAUGCCUAAUAAUAACAUAAAGGCUUAAUGAACCAGCAAUCCCCUCUGUUUGCCUUGAUACGAUAAUCACACUCUGUGACCCUGUGUCUACAAACACACACACACACACAGCAUUUAUUAAAUGAAGUUCCCCCAAGCCUUAACCACCUACUGACUCAUUAACUUAGUCAGCUUUUCUUCUUCGACUAACUCCACCUCGUUAACUCUGUCCCAGGUGCGAUCACGUCGUUUGCAGCGGGCUUCGUGAAGAUCCGCUGGAACGUGUGGUCUGAGCUGGUGAUCGGUGUGAUCACGGCUCUGCAGGCUGGCCUGCUGCUCCUCAUGGGGACCACCAGCAACAUCUGGGUCUGCUAUGUGGCCUACUCCUUCUUCAAGGGUUUCUACCAGUUCCUCGUGCCUAUCGCCAUGUACGUUUUCUUAGGUCCAGUUUUAUUUAACAUCAUUGUGUACAUAUAAUGGGAUGUGGUGUUUUGGGGAUUGUGAUGUUCAGAUGUGUGCAGUGUAUGAAUGCAUUGUCAAAUAGAACUGUGAAAUUGUUCUUACUUUAGGCUCUACAUUUGAUCUGCUGACUAUUUUUUAUUUUUUAUUUAACUAGGCAACAAAUUCUUAUUUACAAUGACGGCCUACCAAAAGGCAAAAGGCCUCCUGUGGGGACGGGGUCUGGGAUAAAAUAAAAAUACUAUAUAUAUAUAUAUAUGCCAUGCUAUGUUGUUGUCUUAGGUCUUUCUUUAUAUAGUGUUGUGGUGUCUCUUGUCGUGAUGUGUGUUUUGUUAUGACGAAACACACAUCAUGACAAGAGAGACACCACAACACUACAUAAAGAAAGACCUAAGACAACAACAUAGCAUGGUAGCAACACAUGACAACACAGCAUGGUAGCAACACGACAUGACAACAACAUGGUAGCAACACAACAUGGCAGCAGCACAACAUGGUAGCAGCAUAACAUGGUACAAACAUGAUUGGGCACAGACAACAGCACAAAGGGCAAGAAGGUAGAGACAACAAUACAUCACGCGAAGCAGCCACAACUGUCAGUAAGAGUGUCCUGUUGUGGUGUUUGUGCAGUUUCCAGAUCGCCUCGUCUCUCACCAAGGAGCUGUGUGCCCUGGUGUUUGGGGUCAACACCUUCCUGGCGACCAUUCUGAAGACCAUCAUCACCCUCAUCGUCUCAGACAAGAAGGGCCUGGGACUAGAUGUGCACUCCCAGGUAAAUCACACUGAUUACCACCACGCUCAGACAACUUCCUGCAAGCUAACGUCAACCGUACGGAAACACCAUAUGUUUUCUAAUGAGUGCUGUUCCGUUCUCCAACCGUAUGGAAACACCAUAUGUUUUCUAAUGAGUGCUGUUCCAUUCUCCAACCAUAUGGAAACACCAUAUGUUUUCUAAUGAGUGCUGUUCCAUUCUCCAACCGUAUGGAAACCCCAUAUGUUUUCUGAGUGCUGUUCCAUUCUCCAACUGUAUGUAAACACCGUAUGUUUUCUAAUGAGUGCUGUUCCGUUUUCUCCAACUGUAUGGAAACACCAUAUGUUUUCUAAUGAGUGCUGUUCCGUUCUCCAAUAGUUCCUGAUCUACUUCUUCUACUUUGCCUUGCUGACGGUCAUCUACCUGGGCUGUGCUGUCUGGGUCAUCAUUCGCCACUACAGGAACCAAUCGGCGGGAGGGGGAGGGGCCACAGACCAGUCCACGCCCACUGAGCUAUGUUCCGUACCAUCAAAACCCUCGGAGACGGAACCUCUGUCCAAUGGGAACAACGUCAAGGCCUGAAAGGGAUAUUUUGGGAUUUUGUCAAUGAAGCCCUUAAUCUACUUCCCCAGAGUCAGAUU